UCAGAGACUGACAUUUUCACAUGACAAAUCACCAAUGCCCAGGAACACGGACAAAACCAACUCUGAUCCACCCCCACAUAACGAUUUACAGAAGUCAAAAUAAGUUCCUUUUUUCUGUUUUACAGACAUACAGUGGGGCUUACUUGAUACAUUCAGUUAAGUUUAAUUGUAUUUUAGGGCCUGAAGAAAGGGGGCUCUCAAGGGAAGCAAAAAGGGGGCAGACGGAGACAUCUUGGUGAGAAGAAAUUUAGUAACAUUGUAAAAUGGCUAGGGACAAUUUUUAAAAGUUUGGGGAACAGAACUACUGCUAGCAAAGUGCCAGUGAGUCUGUUGGUUUGGACAAGAAGUCUCCAUGUUGCAUUACAGAAUGGAGGGAUACCUCAUCAGUACUCCAUCGGAGGAGAUGUACGAUCCAGAGAUCUACAGGCAGCAGCUCUCAGAGUACACAUACAACCCUUACAUCAAUGGAGAAAACCAAACAGAUCAAUGGGAUUACACUUCCCACGUCCACCCUGUUGACUAUGAGAACCUCCAGGACAGCCACUUCACAGAGCUCCAGAAUGCCCAGGCCUUGCACCCCCCUGCCAUGCAUCGCUAUGAUGUGGAGACCCUUCUGGACCCUGGCUUGGGGCCGCACCAUCAUGUCUUACCACCACCUGUCCAGUACUUCCCUCGGCCGUGCUAUCCCCACCUGUCCCCAGUGCAGCGGAGCUCGGACGAGGAGGAGCAGGGGGUCCGCAGCCCGCCCCUGGAGGUGUCUGAUGAGGAGUGUCUGAGAGACCACCACUCCUCCACCUCCGUCGGGGAGCUGGGUAAGGAGAGGAGUUGGCAUGAAUGUAACAAGAAGAAGAUCCGUCUUUACCAGUUCCUACUCGACCUGCUGAGGAACGGAGACAUGAAGGACAGUAUCUGGUGGGUGGACCGAGACAAGGGCAGCUUCCAGUUCUCCUCCAAACACAAGGAGGCUCUGGCCAAUCGCUGGGGCAUCCAGAAGGGCAAUCGCAAGAAGAUGACGUACCAGAAGAUGGCGCGGGCUUUGCGCAACUAUGGCAAGACAGGGGAGGUUAAAAAGAUCAAGAAGAAGCUGACCUACCAGUUCAGUGGUGAAGUACUGGGGAAAACUCACUCGGAGAGAAAAACAUACAUGUAGAAAUGACGUGAAGAGCUAGAUGGUAAUAGAUCGAAUGAGGGGGAAAGGUUGCAAUUAGAUAGAGGUGCUCAUGUAAUAUAUUUACAUAUAUAAAACUGCAGUUAUUGAACUGCUGAUUUCUGUCAAUUGCAUUGUCAAAAACUACUGUAAGUCUCAUACCUGUAUCGGUCAAUCCUACAGUAAUAGUAUGUUUUUAUAACUGUUAAAGCCUGCAUUAGGAAAGUUGUCAAGACUGGCUGAACUAUUUAACUGUAAAAAAAAAUCUUUGUUUUAUAAAUGUGCUGUCAAAUUUGAAGAAUUCAAAAGGAAAAGAAUGUUCCAGAAGAGCAGUAUAAGCUGUUGGCCACUAGGGGCCAUCAGUGACCUCCCUGCUUGGUUGUAAGACCUCUCUUGCAUAAAGUGUCUGGUGCUCAGUAGAGUUUGUUCAGGCAAGGGCAUAAGGAAAUAUAAAAGGAAGACAUGACUGCAAUCAAUCAGUCGUCUGAAACCUGAACAUUAACAGCAUGUAAACCCCCAGAGCAGUUUCAGUGGCUUCACAGCUCAGACGUGGUCUUUUACUUGACCCUUGCAUUCAAGAUUGUUGUGAUCUCAAGGGGCUGAACCUGAAUUUUUUUUGGAUGAACUCCUCCAUCUUUUCCUCUCAAGCCUGGUGACCUCUGUGACCCCGACAGACGGGAGAGGUGAAGAGGUCUGUCACCCUGCUCCUAUCCACUGCCCCCGUGUCCAAUGCACUCCAUAUUCACCAGAGGAGGGAGGGGAAGAGAGAUAGAGAGAGAGUGAGAGUGAAAGAGAGAGAAGGUUUUCCAUUUCCCAUCAUUGGAAAACACAAUCCAUUCGGACAAUGCUCUCCUUCAUAGUGUCAUAGUCUUUCACAGUGCCACUUCACUCUCAAGCAUACUCUGUAAAAUGUUGUUUGUUGUUAUGUUGUUAUAAUAAUUAUCAAUGUAAAAUAGAUGUAAUAAAGGUGUUAGCUUGA